GUGAGGGAAUCGCAGGCCUGGCUGCUGCUGGAGGAGAAUCUGGGCUGUCGGUGGGUUUGGGACUAAGCGCAGGAAGCGGCUUCGCACGCUGCGAGGAGCCCGGGGUGGCCAGGCGGCGUGGGGAGCCGGGAUUCGCCGCUUGAUGUGUAGAUGGUGCAGCCAGUGACGCAAGAGCAAGUGACUGGUGCUGGUCAAUAAACUCAUCUCCUCUUGGGAAUUCCUUAUGAUGCCCAAGGGUGGGGUAGUGGGACAACCUGGGUGAAGGAAAUAUCCCCAGAAAAGUGGAAGAGCCAGUAUCCUGUUGGCUAAUGGUACCAACACUACUGGGACCAGAUCCGUUUAGAAAAGGCGCAGUUGCGGAUGCGAUAAUGCAGUUGCUGAAACUGAAAGGAUUUAAAUUUGCAUGGAGCUUUUGGAAAAUUACUGCAAUGCUGUAAAUCAGAACCUCAGUUAAGUUCGAUAGCUGUAGUGGGAGGGAAGUGGAAGAAUCCAGUGACAGCCACCAGAGUUUUAGAAAAUGCAGAGUUUGAUGCUCUUCUGUAGAAGAGGAUAUAUUUAAACCCACAUUCAUCUGAAGGAUCAGUGUUUAUCCUAAAUAUCAUGGUUUAACAUCCCCAAAAGUGUAAGAGGCAGACGUACAAAUGUCUACCACAAGACUAAAGUGUGACAUGUUAUGUUCUUUACCAUAAGGACCCAUAAAAUGAGCUCCAUUACUGACAGAGAUGAUGGUAGUAUUUUUGAUGGUCUGGUGGAAGAAGAUGACAAGGAUAAAGCAAAAAGAGUGUCUAGAAACAAGUCUGAAAAGAAACGUAGAGAUCAGUUUAAUGUUCUCAUCAAAGAGCUUGGUUCCAUGCUUCCGGGUAAUGUUCGGAAGAUGGAUAAAUCCACUGUACUGCAGAAAAGCAUUGACUUUUUACGGAAGCACAAAGAAAUCACUGCACAGUCAGAUGCCAGUGAAAUUCGACAGGACUGGAAACCUACAUUCCUUAGUAAUGAAGAGUUCACACAGUUAAUGUUGGAGGCUCUUGAUGGUUUUUUUUUAGCAAUCAUGACAGAUGGAAGUAUAAUAUAUGUGUCUGAGAGUGUAACUCCCUUACUUGAACAUUUGCCAUCUGAUCUUGUGGAUCAGAGUAUAUUUAAUUUUAUCCCAGAGGGGGAACAUUCAGAGAUUUAUAAAAUACUCUCUACUCAUCUGCUGGAAAGUGAUUCAUUGACACAAGAAUAUUUAAAAUCAAAAAAUCAACUAGAAUUCUGUUGCCAUAUGCUGCGAGGAACAAUAGAUCCAAAAGAACCACCUACAUAUGAAUAUGUAAAGUUUAUAGGAAAUUUUAAGUCUUUGAAUAAUGUCCCCAACUCAGCGCACAACGGUUAUGAAGGAACUAUCCAGCGGCCCCAUCGGCCUUCAUAUGAAGACAGAGUUUGUUUUGUAGCUACAGUUAGGUUAGCUACACCUCAGUUUAUCAAGGAAAUGUGCACUGUUGAAGAACCCAAUGAAGAGUUCACAUCUAGACAUAGCUUAGAAUGGAAGUUCCUGUUCUUGGAUCACAGGGCACCUCCAAUAAUAGGCUAUCUACCAUUCGAAGUUCUGGGGACAUCAGGCUAUGAUUACUAUCAUGUAGAUGACCUAGAAAAUCUGGCAAAAUGUCACGAACACUUAAUGCAAUACGGGAAAGGGAAGUCAUGUUAUUACAGGUUCCUGACAAAGGGGCAGCAGUGGAUUUGGCUUCAAACACAUUACUAUAUUACUUAUCAUCAGUGGAAUUCCAGGCCAGAGUUUAUUGUCUGUACACACACAGUAGUAAGUUAUGCAGAAGUUCGAGCAGAAAGAAGGCGAGAACUUGGUAUUGAAGAGUCUCUUCCAGACAUAGCAGCAAGUAAAAAUCAGGACUCCGGAUCUGAUAAUCAUAUAAACACGGUCAGCCUCAAAGAAGCAUUGGAAAGAUUUGAUCACAGUGGUACACCUUCUGCUUCCUCCAGGAGUUCGAGGAAAUCUUCGCAUACUGCAGUCUCAGAUCCUUCAUCAACGCCAACAAAGAUGACAAUGGACACUAGCACUCCUCCAAGACAAAACUUAUCUGGUCAUGAAAAGACUGCACCAAGGAGGUCAUCACUUAGUAGUCAGUCCUUAAACGCCCAGUCUGUUGGACAACCAUUAGCACAACCAAUGAUGUCUCAACCUGCAACUUUACAGAUCCAGCCAGGCAUGUCCCAGCCUAUGUUCCAGUUUUCAGCCCAGUUGGGAGCCAUGCAGCACCUAAAGGACCAGUUGGAGCAAAGAACACGAAUGAUAGAGGCAAAUAUUCAUCGGCAGCAAGAGGAGUUGCGUAAGAUUCAAGAACAGCUUCAAAUGGUCCAUGGUCAAGGGCUUCAGAUGUUUUUGCAGCAAUCAACUCCUGGAUUAAACUUUGGUUCUGUGCAGCUCACUUCUGGGAACUCUUCUAACAUUCAGCAUCUUACGCCAAUAAACAUGCAAGGUCAAGUUGUUCAGGCUAAUCAGAUUCAAGGCGGAAUGAACACUGGGCAUAUUAGUACUCAGCACAUGAUGCAGCAACAGCCUUUGCAGAGUACAGCAACACAGCAUACUCAGCAAAAUAUACUUAGUGGGCACAGUCAACAGACUUCUCUUACUAAUCAGUCACAGAAUACACUUUCAGCCCCCUUAUAUAACACAAUGGUGAUCUCCCAGCCAGCAACAGGAAAUGUUGUCCAGAUUCCAUCUAGUUUACCACAAAACAACAACCAGAGUGCUCCAGUAACUACUUUCACCCAGGACAGACAGAUCAGAUUUUCUCAAGGUCAGCAGCUUGUCACAAAAUUAGUCACUGCCCCUGUAGCAUGUGGAGCGGUGAUGGUACCGAGCACUAUGUUUAUGGGACAGGUGGUGACCGCCUACCCCACUUUUGCUGCACAGCAGCAGCAGCCACAGACGUUAUCAAUAACGCAGCAGCAGCAACAGAGUCAGCAAGAGCAGCAACAGCAGCUCAGUACAGUUCAGCAGUCGGCUCCAUCUCAGCUGGCGCAGCACCCGCAGCAGUUCUUACAGACAUCCAGGCUACUUCAUGGAAAUCAAUCAACUCAGCUUAUUCUCUCUGCUGCUUUCCCACUACAACAAAGCACUUUUACUCAAUCACACCACCAGCAGCAUCAAUCUCAACAGCAGCAGCAACUCUCACGACAUAGAACUGACAACAUGAUUGAUCCUUCCAAAGUUCAGCCACAGUAGGACAGGGAUUCACUUCUUCUAGAAGCAAACAGCAGGGAGGAGCUGCUCCAUAAACAGUUGCACUGAUGAUAGUAGAGGUAGAAGUCCAAAGGCUUUAUAAAGUACAGUAUUGAGGUCACGUCUAACUUCUGGGAAUCUGUUUGCAGAAGAAACUACUACAAAAUGUUGUGGAGGUACCUUAGAUACAAACAGCAAAAAGAUAACAGGGACCUGGCCAACUUUUACAGUCUUUUAGUUGUCCCAAUUUCUGUGUUCUGAAGGAUGUGCUACCACGUAGUAACUUGUCCAGAUCAAGGCUCAAACCUCAAUGAACUGAAAAGGGUACUAAAAAUGUUGGUAUCUUUAGCAGUCCUGUAAGUUUGUCAAAUGUGACCAUGGACACACAGUUGCUCACAAUAAUUCUACAAAUACAGUCCAAAAGACAUUUAAUUUUUUUUUCAGAUGAUUAUGGGACAAGUAAAUAUUUUCAAAAUGUUGUGUGGAAUCAGAUUCUGUAUUGUACAGAUGUUGUAAAAUAAUGUGUAUAUGUCUGGAUAAAAGGAGAGAGAGCAAAAAUAUUUUAUAUGAUGCAUGAAAAUGUAAUCUUGUUGUUUGUAGGUUUGAAUGUUUCCCUAAAUUCUCACACCAUGCUCCAACUAAUAUUUUCCUCUGUUCUACCCUUUUGUUUACAACAUGAUGCAUCAUAAUUUUCACCCUUAAUGUGGGCACAAGUCUCUUGUUUGUGCUUUGUCUGCGAUGUCACAGUUUGUUCAGUGAGGUAUAGUGUGCUGGUUAGUGGAUUUUUUGGAGUUAAAUUAUUGAUGAAAACUGUUUGAACUGGUGGUCAUGCAUCAGGAUUCAAGACAUUCAGAUUUCAGAAAUAUCAUCCAUUUCACAAUUAUUCAUUGUUUUUUGAUUGAAAAAUAGGAAUUUGCACUGCUUUUUUGUGAAUGGUUUGGAAUUUUACUCCCCAAAGCUAUCUUUUGAGAUCAUAGUUGGAAAUAUUUAUGUAAAAGGUUUUAAAAAAACUACAUGAAAGUAAUUUUCAAGAAUGUGUCAGUUAUAGGAGUAAUUUGCACAACAAUAUAUUUACACUUAAUAACAUUUUAGGCACUUUUUAACCACCUUCUCUGUGGUGAGAAUUGUAACUUUUUAAAAUAUGUUGGAAUCUUUUUAUUCUCCUUUAAAAAUUAGAUCUUUCUUUAGUCAGAACUGAUUCAGGGUCAUUUUAAAACAAAAAAAGAAGAAACCCAUAGUGCCUUGAUUUUAAUUCAGGUGAUAACAUUUAACAUCUUGAAUUAUGUUGUCUUGAAUCUGUUACAAUUUCACAAUUUUGAAGUCUUAGUACAAUCUCAACAAAGUGUGUUUCUACUUCAGAGCUAUAUCUUGCUUGUGUUCAUAUAACAAAUAUUUUAACAAUCGUCUGAGUUGAGAUCAUGAGCAUUUUUUAAAGGAGUGCUUCCCCCCUCAAACACUAAAAUGGAAACAGGUAUCUAAUAUUUACAUGUAUCUAAUGAUAUACCUGUAAAGUGUUCAGAGAGUAAGGAGUAGCGCUCCAAAACAGAGAUUAGUCAUUUUUGGGGGGAGGGGGGAAUUAAUCACUUCUUAGUCAGCUCAGAUCCAAUUUUACUUUAUUGAUUGGAAUUUAAUGAAAAAAUAAAGAGGGGAUUAAGACUGCAUGUUUAACACUCUGAGUAUUGACUUAAAAGGGAUACCACUAAACUAAGACUUCAGAAGGCAACCUCACUUUAUAAAGAUAAUAAAAAGUUCCAACAGGAAUGAUUUCCUAUUUUUAAAUGUUCAGUAGAUUUCUAUGGUACUACUUCAUACAAAUCACAUCUGCAGAGCAAAAUGAGCUAAUACCAAGAUAGACUUGGUAGUUAAAAAAGAAAAUUAAUUAAAAUUAACACUGAGGAGGAAAAGUUUUUAGUCAAGAAGCUGAAUUAAGUUAGAGUAUUAGGGAGGAGCUGUAUGAAUGUAACCAAAUUGUGAUGGAAUAUUAAAUGUUAGGAACAGUUUGAUUGUAUUAUUGGGUGACCAGCGCUGACGGAAAGGUAGUGCUAAGUUAGUGAACACUAGAUGCAGUUACCUUUUGAGGCUUCUUCCUAAAAUGAGCCUUGACCUUUCCACUGUCAUCUCCUCAUUAGAUUAGCCCCUUACCUCCAAGCCAUAAAGCAACAGGUCAACAGUGGAUCCUGGGAGAAUCACAGUGGUAAAGGGAAGAGGGCAUAAGAAGUAAAGAACCAAAGAGAACUGCUCCAGGAAGUCUCUUGCAACAAGGGGUAGGAACAGAUACAAAUUAAACAAAUCCAGGAAAUUUUCCAUCUCUGUGCUCUUUAAAGGCAUUUCUGUCAUUCCCUGAACCAGUAGAAUUGUCAGAAACAUAUAUUUUUUUUAAGUUUUAGAAAAGCAAAACUCCAUUGACUUUAAUUUUUCCAAAUUGCCUUGCUAAUCCUGCCAUACCAUUCCGCCUGUAUCCAAAAUUUAAGCUGCAUUGACCAGAGGUCCAUUCCAUAAAGACUAUUAGUGGGAAAUAGACCUGUUAGAUAAAGGUUUUAACCUAACUACAAUAAUAAAAUAGCACUAAAGAAGAAAACUGGGAGAGCUUUAAUAUUACUCUUAGAAAUAUAGUGUGGUGGUAAAACCAGCCAAUAAGCUGUAGCAGUUGCAGCUACAGUAAAUGCAGAGCAUAACCAGCAGACAGCUGAGAGAGUUUUAUAUAUAAGCUUCAUUCAAACCCCUUCUAUCAACCAGAAAAAUAUUGUGGUGUGCUCUUGUAGGUCAGACAAUAAAAAGGCAGCCUAACUUAGGUGUGGGAGGUUUUUAUAUAAACAUAGAUAUUGGAAGAGGACUAAGAGGAAAAAAUCUGCCUUUUGAUCAAGAAGCCUUCCAUAAGCUCAGAGGGGAAAGUCAUCCAAAAAUGAAGCUACACUUUACCUGCUAGCUGAUAAAGAGAAGGGGAAUUCUAAGAGACUGGAAAAUGAUUACAUACAUUUGAAAAGCUUCUGCCACAAUUCCGGCAAAUGUUUAAAAAAAGAACAGAAAAAGCACACAGUAUUUCACUGACUCUAAUUGGUGUAGAUGCUCUGCUUCUCCUUCACUGACUAUUAAAGGAUUUGUGUUCAAACAAGUUGCUCACUUCUGCUCCUAUUAAAGUCAGUUGCAAAACUCCAUUGACUUCUGUGGGAAGAAAAUUGGGCCCCAGUCUUUCUCUCUUCUAAUCAGCCUGCUGCUUCUGCCCAGCUUAUUCGCUUGUGUGGCAGACCUGUUGUUUGUGACAUCCCAAUAGAUAUCACAGCAGCGAAUGCUAUGAUGUUUAAUGUUACAGAAUGACUCUGACAGGAGUGAGGAAGUUGGCUAAGAAGGAGAAAAUAUUGUAUUAUGGAUAAAUGCCUUGGUGACAUACAGUUAAGUAAAAUAUCAUGCUGUAUUUUCUUAAUAAGAGUUUUGAUGAGAAAAUUAGUAAGUUUGCCUGAGUUGGGUGAGAACUCAAAGAAAAGCCUCAGAAUUUCAGAGGGAAAAGAAAUAUAGCUAUUUUUAUAUUAUAUUUAAUAUAUGUUAUAUUUGUAUAUAAAUAUGAAAAGAUUAUAGUAAGAACUCUC